AUGAAUAGAGCUAGAUUCAGCCACCCAGACGUUCGAAAGCUUGCGGUUACGACAUCUGCUAUUCUUCUCGCCCUUGUCAUAUCCUGGUUUCUUCUUGGUGGCACUCUAUCGUCCAAUUCACCAGAGAUGGGGAGUACCGAUCCGUCGACGUACAAGGCGAAGUACAAGUAUGAGACUGUGAAGGGCUUCUUUCUCCAAGACGAUCCGAAGACGGAUUGGAAUGGGUUCGAAUACACCAAGCACAACUUCGGCCUGAUCCCCCGUUCCUAUCCCACAGACUCCGAUCCUUCAGCACCGCUUUGGGAGCGCUUCGGCCGGUAUAUCCAACACCUGCAAACUUCGGCACCCGCGGGAACAUCCUACAAAUUACUUUACUUCGGCCGCCACGGCGAGGGCUAUCACAACGUCGCGGAAGCGAAAUACGGAACUAAGGACUGGGACGAUUACUGGUCGAAGCUCGAGGGCGAUGGCGAGCUCUUCUGGUCCGAUGCUCAUUUAACGGACAAGGGCAAGGAGCAGGCUCUGGAAGCUCACGCGUUUAUUGGCGAGCAGCUUGCGUGGGCGAAAAUGCCGGCGUCGCAGAGUUACUAUGUCAGUUCGAUGUACAGGUGUCUUCAGACGGCGAAUCUUACGUUCUCCGGGUUGAAGCUCCCGGAUGAGGCGCCUUUUGAUCCUUUGAUCAAGGAGCUUUUGAGGGAGGUUCUGGGUGAACAUACCUGCGAUCGGAGGAGUACGAAGUCGUAUAUCCACGAGCAUUUUCCGACGUGGAGAAUUGAGGAGGGAUUGACAGAGCAGGAUGAGUUAUGGAAGGCGGAUCAUCGCGAGACGCAUGACGAGCAUGAUGUCAGGACGACGGAGUUCCUUGAUGAUGUCUUCUCACAUAAUCAGAAUGUGUAUGUCUCGUUGACCACGCAUUCUGGUGCCAUUGCGAGUCAUCUCCGGGUCCUGGGCCAUCAGGAGUUUCGUCUGGUCACUGGCGGGAUGAUACCGGUGCUGGUGAAAGCGACGAAGAAAGAAUAG